CCAAAAAGUUUGGACUUCGCUACAUUCGACGAUUUCGACCUUCUCGUUGUUCACCACCAACACCGAAGUCCAAUCCUCAAACCGUUCCGCACGAGGCAUCAAUUCGCACAAUGGCCAAGAAAUCCAGGAAAGACGCCAACUCUAUCAACAGCAAGCUUGCGCUUGUUGUUAAGAGUGGUAAAAUCACCCUUGGUUACAAGUCCUCCCUCAAGAGUCUGCGAUCCGGCAAGGCGAAGCUUGUCAUCAUUGCCGGCAACACGCCUCCUCUCCGCAAGUCCGAGCUCGAAUACUACUCGAUGUUGUCUAAGACUCCAGUCCACCACUUUGAGGGCACCAGCAUCGAACUCGGAACUUCUCUCGGAAAACUGUACUCUUGCUCUACCAUGGCCAUCCUCGAUGCCGGUGACUCCGAUAUCUUGAGCGACCAGCAGGCUUAAGUGUAACUUGCAUUGAUAAAACGGCGUUUGGGUUAACGGUCUCAACAAAACGGACAAGGGAUUAUCCUUCGGGGAUUAGGGUCGCUGCAUAUACUCA